CUGGGGCCAGGACUGCCAGGGUGCCUGUGGCCCUUGCCAUGGGCCCCUCAGAGAGUCCAGGGUGGAAACCAGGUUCCUAACCUUAGCUCCCCCCACCAUGCCUCUGCCCUGGCUGGGUCUGGGUCUGGGAACCUCUCAGGGGUAAGAAGGUAAGGGGACUUAAGUGGCCACCUAAGUGGGUUAUUGUUCCUUUUCGGCCAGCACUCUGGCCACCAGCUGCCCACGUGGCUCAUUAUGGCCUUGCUGCUUCUUCCCCUUAACAUGGAGACAAGCCAGCCCCAUCUACAGCUUGACAACCUCUGUUCCAGGUCACUCUGCUUCACUCUCUUGGUGAUGCACCUGCCUGAAUCACCCCCUAAUUGCUCCACUGGGAGAUUUCAACUUUCCACUUCUGGGGGUUCCUCUUCCCCAGCCUCUCAGCUGUGCUAUGGAGCUGAGGUUGGGUGCCUACUAAGAGCCUAAAUUGGGACUUAGUGACUCGGCAGUGGUUUCCUGUGGUCCCAACUUCCCACUUGCCUCUCUGUCUGUGACUGGUUGGCUAGCUUCUCCAGUGCCCCCUCCUCUAGGUAGCCUACCCAGAGUUGCCCAUGUGCUCCAUCUGAGGCUGCCCCAGCCCUGAGCGGCAUCCUUAGCACUGCUCCCCAAAGCCCCAGCUGAUUACUCAGGUCAGGUGGACACUUUGCCCAGGGCAGAGUUUGUAUGUUGGGACUCCCCUACCAAGAACUGGUUCUAAAGAACCCCAGCCUUCCGCUCGCCGCCGCCAUGCCCUUCUCCAAUAGCCACAACGCGCUGAAGCUGCGCUUCCCGGCCGAGGACGAGUUCCCCGACCUCAGCGGCCACAACAACCACAUGGCCAAGGUGCUGACCCCUGAGCUGUACGCGGAGCUGCGCGCCAAGUGCACGCCGAGCGGCUUCACACUGGACGACGUCAUCCAGACCGGCGUGGAUAACCCGGGUCACCCCUAUAUCAUGACCGUGGGCUGCGUGGCAGGCGAUGAGGAAUCCUAUGACGUGUUCAAGGAGCUCUUUGACCCCAUCAUCGAGGACCGGCACGGAGGCUACAAGCCCAGCGACGAGCACAAGACCGACCUCAAUCCCGACAACCUGCAGGGCGGCGACGACCUGGACCCUAACUACGUGCUGAGCUCGCGGGUGCGCACGGGUCGCAGCAUCCGCGGCUUCUGCCUCCCCCCGCACUGCAGCCGCGGGGAGCGCCGAGCCAUCGAGAAGCUCGCUGUGGAAGCUCUGGCGAGCCUGGACGGCGACCUGGCCGGCAGGUACUACGCGCUCAAGAGCAUGACCGAGGCAGAGCAGCAGCAGCUCAUCGACGACCACUUCCUCUUCGACAAGCCCGUGUCGCCCCUGCUGCUGGCCUCCGGCAUGGCCCGCGACUGGCCCGAUGCCCGUGGCAUCUGGCACAAUGACAAUAAGACCUUCCUGGUGUGGAUCAACGAGGAAGACCACCUUCGGGUCAUCUCCAUGCAGAAGGGGGGCAACAUGAAGGAGGUGUUCACUCGCUUCUGCAAUGGCCUCACCCAGAUUGAAACGCUCUUCAAGUCUAAGAACUACGAAUUCAUGUGGAACCCUCACCUGGGCUACAUCCUGACCUGCCCGUCCAAUCUGGGCACAGGGCUGCGGGCAGGUGUGCACAUCAAGCUGCCCCACCUGGGCAAGCACGAGAAGUUCCCGGAGGUGCUCAAGCGGCUGCGGCUUCAGAAACGAGGCACAGGUGGUGUGGACACAGCUGCUGUGGGCGGGGUCUUCGACGUCUCCAACGCAGACCGCCUGGGCUUCUCGGAGGUGGAGCUGGUACAGAUGGUGGUGGACGGCGUGAAGCUGCUCAUCGAGAUGGAGCAGCGGCUGGAGCAGGGCCAGGCCAUUGAUGACCUCGUGCCUGCCCAGAAGUGAAACCCUGGCCUGCACCUGCCACCACCACCACCAGCCCCGCUGCUUCCUAACUUAUUGCCCGGGCAGUGCCCACCACGCACCCUGAUGUCCGCCGCCUGGCGGCUGAGCCCUUAGCCUCGCUGUAGAGACUUCCGUCGCCCUUGGUAGAGUUUAUUUUUGUGAUGGCUAAGAUGUUGCUGAUGCUGGAAUAAACUAGGGUUUCGGCCUGC